AGAGAGUGGUUGUAAGCAAUUAGUGACAAAAUCGGCAAAAUUACAAAAAAUUGUCCUGAACGUGCAUCAAGAAACUGAUUUCCCAAUUGAAUCACCAGCUUCACCAAACAUGUAUCAGACGGACGCCACGUUGCCAAUUGAAAUGACGAACAAAACUGGGACGCAUUUCCUCGACUUAAAUGUUCAUUGUCUCCUCGAAAUAUUUUCAAGCAGCUGUCUGACUCUGAUGGAUCUCGGCUCUCUGGCAGACACCUGUAAACACUUCAAGCAGAUAACCCAGCGCUUAUUCCCAAAGGAGAUCCAAAUUACGAGUGACAAAUCUUUUAUUAGGUGGCACACCUGUCAAUACUAUCACCAUUACCGAGACUAUUGCACAUUGUAUCGUCAGCAGGAUUGCGAAAUUAUUUUAAAGAAUUUCGGAUCCCGUCUCGUAUCACUUAAACUAGACGAGACGAAUGAAUUCGUUGUGAAUUUGGUAGCAAAGUAUUGCGGUGACGUCACGUUAAGGCUACUCGAAAUUGACGGUAUGAAAAGUAUAGAAAACCUCAAAGUGCCAUUGGGAUCGAUCUUUCAACGGCUGAGGGUACUUUCUAUUAUUCUAUGUGAUCCACGUACAUAUCGGCAUCUUAAAUGUGAUUCAUUGACCGAAUUGAAAAUCGUGGAUACGACUGUUCCGACUACAUUUCUCGAUGGUAAUUUAUUUUUCUUCCGACACUUGAGAUUCGAUUUGGUGUGGUCGAAAAAUGACAACGACACUGUCAGUUGCUCUAGAAUUGUGAAUUUGUUUGAUCUGUUUUCCGACCGCAGCAAGCUCGUGGAGGCAAUCGGCAAGGAAGUGGAAGGUCUAAAAGACACGAAGAAGUGCAAUUCCUCACUCGUAGUGUUAAAUCAGCCGAGCCUGCCGAAGUUGAGAAGAUUGGAAGUUGUCCUGACCUUUGAAAAUUACAAUCAGAUCAUUGAGCUUCUGCAAGCAUCACCGUUGUUAGAAAAGGUGGCACUGCUCUUUAUGGCCAUCGAUCCUUUUCCAAUUUUUUAUGCUCUGUCGAAACGGGAGAACUUACGGGAAUUAACUUUUAUGAGCUUUUUCAAUUGUUAUCGUUUUCCAUGGAAAAUGUUACCUCAAUUGAGAAUACUCUACCUUGGGGCUCCAAGACGAGUAUAUGCCAUCGAUGUCCUCUACCUUAAAAGUCAAAUGCCAUGUUUGGAAGAAUUGUUAAUUACUUCUUAGUGAGUAAGAUAAAUUGUUAAAAUUGUUGAGUGAAGGUCAAAUAUCUCGACACUGAAGUGCAAUAUGUCGACAACCGAACAGUCAAAUUAAUAAAAUUUAGAUGAAUAAGAUUGAUAA